CAGUAAUUCUGAUGAAGCGUUUGUAGGGGACACGCUGAUCUUGUUGGCAGGCUCUUUGCAUGGCGGAGGCGUUGUUCAGUGUAAAGUGAAGAUCGCAUUUUGUAUGAGACCUUGACUUUUUUUUUUCUUACAGUAUAUUUUUAUACACUUUGUUAUAAAAUAUGGUGCUGGGGAAGGUGAAGAGUUUGACAAUAAGCUUUGACUGUUUCAAUGACAGCAAUAUCCCUGUCUAUUCUAGCGGGGACACAGUCUCAGGAAGGGUCAGUUUAGAAGUUACUGGGGAAAUUAGAGUAAAAUCUCUUAAAAUUCAUGCGAGAGGGCAUGCAAAAGUACGUUGGACUGAAUCUAGAAAUGCUGGAUCCAACACUGCCUAUACACAAAAUUACACUGAAGAAGUAGAGUAUUUUAACCAUAAGGACGUUCUACUCGGGCAUGAAAGAGAUGAUGACAAUUCUGAAGAAGGCCUUCACACCAUUCAUUCAGGAAGGCAUGAAUAUGCAUUCAGCUUUGAGCUUCCACAGAUAAAUUCCAUGGAGUUGGACUAAAAUAAAUUUUUGGGAUGUCUCUAUUUGGAUUAAAAUAUGGAAAGAAGAAACUGAAAGGUGAGUGCGGUCUGGUAAUGCCAUUGUCACAGGUGACAACCUAAGGAAUGAAAAUACAGCACACGUGCGAGCCCUUGAGAGCAUGCUUGGGAGCAUGUCUUACACCUGCAGAGCAGGCAGAGGAAGACACUUUGUUUACUUUUCCUGCAUUUCGUACUACCUUGGGGGAGUGCUGUGGACUGUGUGCCAGUGAACAGAAGGACAUCUGCAACAGAACAGGCUGCAAAGUUUGUGCUCUGUCAUGGUAUAUGAUUGGCUUGACCAGCUACUCAGACCCCGGUGACAGGCAGUGUGGCUACUCAAACCUUGGCGAUGGGUGAUGCACCUGAACUAGAGAAUCAACCAGUGCCAGUAUCAAUCGCCCCUAUAAAGAAGAAGAAAUAUACAAAAAAAUCAGUUCGCUUAGCAAAGGAUGAAGGUGAACCAGGGUCAUCACGAGAACAGGAGGAAGAGGCAGAACCAGAGGUAAUCACCCGGUCACUAUCCCCGAGUGAGCUGCGAGAUAUGCGAAAAGACUUCAGCCGUCAUCCAGGCGAGCACAUUAUCACCUGGCUGCUCCGCUGCUGGGACAAUGGGGCUAGUAGCCUGGAAUUAGAGGGUAGGGAAGCCAAGCAGCUGGGAUCCCUUUCUAGGGAAGGGGGCAUUGACAAGGCGGUUGGAAAAGGGACACAAGCCCUCAGCCUCUGGAGGCGACUCCUGUCAAGCGUGAGGGAAAGGUAUCCCUUCAAGGAAGAUGUUAUAUGUCACCCAGGCAAGUGGACCACCAUGGAGAGAGGUAUUCAGUACCUGAGGGAAUUAGCUGUGCAGGAGAUGGUUUAUUAUGACCUGGACAAUGUGCAGUUACCCACAGAUCCAGAUGAAGUCCAAUGUGCACAACCCAUGUGGCGGAAGUUUGUACAAAGCGCACCAUCAUCGUAUGCCAAUGCAUUGGCAGUAAUGGACUGGAAAGACGAGGAGGGACCAACAGUGGAUGAAUUGGCUGGCCGGCAAUAUGAAGAAAGUCUCACUUCCUCCCUGUCCUGGUUUCGGCUGGGACAGAGUUAACUCUCUUCUUAGUAGCUGGUACAGUGCUGGGUUUUGGAUUUAGUGUGAGAAUGAUGUUGAUAACACGCUGAUGGUUUAGUUGUUGCUAAGGAGCGCUUAUCUUAAGCCAAGGACUUUCCAGUUUCCCAUG